GUAUUUCUACUCCCACAGAGCCUAUAGUCUUCACCUCCUCAAUUCUCCAUCGUGCCUGCCACCAACCCGACCUCCAUGGAAAGCACUAAGCGCGACCGGGACCGGGACCGCGACCGACUGCAUACCCUGCGCCGCCCGCGCCGCCCCAGAAUCCUUCACUGCGUAGCCAUCACCGCAGUCAGCCUCCUUGCGCUCGUGGGGAUUCUCGUACUAGUCUUCUGGCUCGUUGUCCGUCCCUCCUUGCUCAGGUGCUCCGUGGAAAAAGCCCACCUCCAGGGCUUCAACGUCACCGACAACGCCCUCAGUGCCACCUUCAACCUCACCCUGGAAGUUCACAACCCUAACCGCAAGGUCGCAGUGUACUUCGACCGGGUCGAAGUCGCUGUGUGGUACGACGGCCAGAUGCUGGCUCUUAACGAGGUUGCACCAUUCUACCAGCCGCGGCGGGACGUCAGGAUGCUCAAGGUCGACCUGGUGGCCCGUUCGAGGCCGCUGCUUAGCUCGGUGGAGACGAGUCUAAAGCAGGACCGGUCGGCUGGGGAGGCGGCGGUGGAGGUGAGGAUGAGGGCGAUGGUCAGGUUCAAGGUGGGGCUGCUGAAGACCGACCACUACACACUGCGGGCCUACUGCUUGCCGGUGCUCGUGCGCUUCUCGUCGUCGGUGACGCAGUUUCAGAAGGUCUACUGCGACGUUUACAUCUGAGGAUUGCUUUCGACUUCAUCGGUUCUUUUGAUCUCAAACAUUGUUUUCGUAGUAAAUUGUUGAUGUAAGCACGAGGAUCGGAUCAACUGCUUUGAGUUUAUCUUAGUAGCUUACUUGAGAUGAACUGAAGUCCGAAUACAAGUGUUCUGCCUUAGCUGCUACGGGUUGCGAAAUCACCCUUGAAAUAUUUCAAGGACGAUUCAGCCCACCUGUCAGUGGUGGUGGAGCCCUUCAAUCCAUCCUAGGUGUAUGUCGUGGGAGAUGGAAACUGUACAUUUGCUAUCCCAUUCGGUGGGCUGUCAUUUAUGGGAGCAUCAUGCAAAUGUUGACAGCUUUCUAUAAG